CCAGGCACACGUCUCUUUCUCUGGACUCUCCGAGAGCCGAUCGACCGGUGGUCGCCUUGCGCUCUCCGCAGUUCCCGGCGCGGGCCCCGCGACCGGACGCGCGACUUACCUGGGCCCCUUCUGGCGGGAGACUGCGCGCGCCCCUGACUCUUCCGAACCGCCUCUCUUCACGUGCGCGCGCAGCGCACCCGCAUUCAAAGUGCACGUGACCCUUCCAGGGAUGACGCACGCUUCCGAUUGGUGUCUGGAAUCUCCCGUUGAAAGUCCCCUAUGAUCCGACGAAAGUCCGAUUAAAAUAAGAGCAGUCCAUUGUGCGGAGGAGUUGUCGCAAUUAGAGCUUCGUUUUCGACCGAUACUAAUUGACGAGAGGGUUAUCAACGAGCGGUUAAAAGACAUCCAACAUGGAGGUUCUGAUGCACGAGGCAUCAAAGGGGCCCGAAGAGGAAUUAAAACCUUGCUUCGAAGACAGGAAAUCAUUCGCCAAAGAGAAACCGGAAAUAGAGCGCAAUGAGAGCAAGUCGCACUUUUCGAAAAUCGCCGCCAACGAGACUAUGGACAUUAUUUUCGAAAACAUCAACUACGUGGUAUCUCUUGGCUUCCGAAAAGGCAUGAAGGAGAUUCUGCACGGUGUCAAUGGACGUCUACCGGCGAAACAACUUGUCGCGAUUAUGGGACCGUCAGGUGCCGGAAAGUCGACAUUGUUAGAUAUUCUUUCCGGUUACAGAAUCACUGGCGUACAAGGAAUGGUUUACGUAAAUGGACGAGUUCGCGAUAUGGACGAGUUUCGCAGAUCCAGUGCAUAUAUCACUCAAGACGAUCGACUUGAGCCGUUUCUGACUGUUCUCGAAAAUAUGAAAGUAUCGACUGAUCUCAAAAUGCCGACAAACACACCUCAGUAUCAAAAAAAUUCUACGAUAGAAGAAAUUCUGACGACUCUGGGACUGUACGAACAUAUGCAGACCAGAGCGGGGAGAUUGAGUGGCGGGCAAAGGAAAAGACUUUCCAUAGCUUUAGAGUUGGUUAACAAUCCUACUGUGAUGUUUCUGGACGAGCCUACGACAGGGCUAGAUAGUUCAUCUUGCAUGCAAGUUGUCAAUUUACUGAAGGUUUUGGCAAAUCAAGGACGUACAAUUGUGUGCACGAUACAUCAGCCCAGUGCAUCUCUCUUUCAACUGUUUGAUCAGGUUUACGUGCUCGCAGGAGGUAACUGCUUGUACCAAGGUGCAACAGAUCAACUAGUUCCUUACUUAGAAAGCAUGAAAUUGCCAUGUCCGAUGUACCACAAUCCUGCUGAUUAUGUGAUCGAAUUGGCGUGUGGAGAGUAUGGAGAAGACAAGAUCAGCACUUUGGUAACCGGGACGCAAAAUGGGAAAUCUGUCCAAUGGUUUAGCAAUUCAGUAGCAUUGAUGGACCCUAAAAGUUUACGAGCGAAACAUCCUUUGAACGACUCCAAAAUCGGAGAGAGGAGAAGUCUACAAGCCACGUCUCCUCUGCACCAACUCAGAGUUCUGUUGAAAAGAGGAUACAUCAAAUGCAAGAGGGACUCGACCAUGACCCACUUGCGCAUUAUGGUUAAUAUAUGCACCGGCCUCAUGCUAGGAUCCGUUUUUAUCGAAUCCGGAAACGAAGGAUCCAGAGUCCUCGAUAACUAUAAUCUCCUUUUCUCGAUGCUGAUGCACCUCAUGAUGACUACCAUGAUGUUGACCAUCCUUACGUUUCCUACUGAAAUGAAUCUCCUUAAGAAGGAGCACUUUAAUAGGUGGUACAGCCUCAAAGCGUUCUACACGUCGGUGACGUUAAUCGACAUACCAGUUUCCAUUAUUUCUUGCGCCUUGUUCGUCGUAAUUGUGUACCUGAUGUCCGCUCAGCCAUUGGAAAUUGAUCGAUUUACAAUGUUCUUCACGAUCAGCGUAUUAGUGGCUUUCGUGGCCCAAGGUUUUGGUCUGAUGAUCGGAGCAGUAUUCAACGUGGUGAACGGCACUUUUCUGGGACCGACUCUUUCCGUGCCCAUGAUGAUGUUCGCUGGUUUUGGAGUAACGCUGAGAGAUUUGCCCAGUUACAUGAAAUGGGGUAGUUACUUGAGUUACUUGCGUUAUGGCCUGGAAGGAUACAUCGGCGCUAUUUAUGGACUAAAUCGACCGACUCUAAUCUGCCGCGCGGGAUACUGUCAUUACAAAUAUCCCCAUAAAUUCCUGGCAGAAAUCGCCAUGCAGGGCGAUCAAUUUUGGAACGACGUUAUUGCGCUGUGCACGAUUUUGGUCGUCACGCGUACCUUUGCGUACUUCCUUCUGCGGUGGAAAUUAAUGUCGUCGAGGUAAAGAACACGGUAUAUCGGUUCGAAGUUAGUUUCCUAAAGAAAGACCGACUUUCUACCGCCAUCCAAGUGCCUUGUAAAAGCGGUCCGAUAGGGGAAUCGCAGAAUGGGAGGCAAUGAUAGCGUCAGCUCUCCUGCAACCAGCUGAAGAAACAGAAGCUAAGUAAUCGAAAGCUUCGUGAUCUUCAUUUUUAUAUGUAUGUUAUGAACAAUGUGCAUAAUGAACGAGCAAUCUGGGAAAACAAACAGGGCACUUUGCCCGAAUUUAUCACACUGCCUGUGACAUAUAUUAUACAUAUAAAGAUGAUACAUUAAAGCGUCAUGUAUCACUGAACAAACAUACUUUCUAUGCCGGCAACUUGCGAAGCAUCGAGACAAUUCUCGGAUACACUUACUGUAUAUAUUUUGUAUUAAUGAAAGUUAUUUCUUAAGUAUACAAUAAACAAAAUAUACGUUAGAAGUUGA